GGGAGCCCUGCCUCUUGCAGCAGCCUAACCCAGAAGCAGGGGGGAAUCCUGAAUCGAGCUGAGAGGGCUUCCCCGGUUCUCCUGGGAACCCCAUCGCCCCCUGCCAGCCGCAGCCUGAGCAGCCGCACGGGACAUGGCCCCCCCAGCCGCCUAGCCGGAGCCUGCCCGGGUCGCCCUGAAGGCCAGCAGAGGACCAUCCCAGAAGGCCUGGCUCACGGAACCGCUUGAGCUCAGAACCCGGCGUUGGUACCCGCCCGCCCACCCGGCUGGCCCCCAGGGCUGCCCAGGAGUCUAGGGGCGCCAGAGGAUUGAUACUUGCCAGCCUUGGACCUCAGCACCAGGACCGAAGGGGGGGUGGGCCGACCACCCAAACCCCCAGCGGGCCCAGGCCCCAUGCCCCGUGGAGGGGCGGCCUGAAGCCCCCUGGAGCGUCCUGCGCACGGCUCGCCCUCCUGACUGCGGCUGCUGGGCAUGGCCAGCAACAGCAGCUCCUGCCCGACACCGGGGGGAGGGCACCUCAAUGGGUACCCGGUACCCCCCUACGCCUUCUUCUUCCCCCCGAUGCUGGGUGGACUGUCCCCGCCGGGCGCCCUGGGCACUCUCCAGCACCAGCUUCCGGUCAGCGGCUACAGCACGCCUUCCCCCGCCACCAUCGAGACCCAGAGCAGCAGCUCCGAGGAGAUUGUGCCCAGCCCCCCCUCGCCACCGCCCCUCCCCCGCAUCUACAAGCCUUGCUUUGUCUGUCAGGACAAGUCCUCCGGCUACCACUAUGGGGUCAGCGCCUGUGAGGGCUGCAAGGGCUUCUUCCGCCGCAGCAUCCAGAAGAACAUGGUGUACACAUGCCACCGAGACAAGAACUGCGUCAUCAACAAGGUGACCCGCAACCGCUGUCAGUACUGCCGGCUGCAGAAGUGCUUCGAAGUGGGCAUGUCCAAGGAGUCCGUGAGGAACGACCGGAACAAGAAGAAGAAGGAGGCCCCGAAGCCCGAGUGCUCCGAGAGCGCCACGCUGACGCCGGAGGUGGGGGAGCUCAUCGAGAAGGUGCGCAAAGCGCACCAGGAGACCUUCCCUGCCCUCUGCCAGCUGGGCAAAUACACUACGAACAACAGCUCCGAGCAGCGCGUCUCCCUGGACAUCGACCUCUGGGACAAGUUCAGUGAACUCUCCACCAAGUGCAUCAUCAAGACCGUGGAGUUCGCCAAGCAGCUGCCCGGCUUCACCACCCUCACCAUCGCCGACCAGAUCACCCUCCUCAAGGCGGCCUGUCUGGACAUCCUGAUCCUGCGGAUCUGCACGCGGUACACCCCUGAACAGGACACCAUGACCUUCUCCGACGGGCUGACCCUCAACCGGACCCAGAUGCAUAACGCUGGCUUCGGGCCCCUCACAGACCUGGUCUUCGCCUUCGCCAACCAGCUGCUGCCCCUGGAGAUGGACGACGCGGAGACUGGGUUGCUCAGCGCCAUCUGCCUCAUCUGUGGAGACCGGCAGGACCUGGAGCAGCCCGACCGCGUGGACAUGCUGCAGGAGCCGCUGCUGGAGGCGCUCAAGGUCUACGUGCGGAAGCGGAGGCCCAGCCGCCCCCACAUGUUCCCCAAGAUGCUGAUGAAAAUCACAGACCUGCGGAGCAUCAGUGCUAAGGGUGCCGAGCGGGUGAUCACGCUGAAGAUGGAGAUCCCGGGCUCCAUGCCGCCCCUCAUUCAGGAGAUGCUGGAGAACUCCGAGGGGCUGGACACUCUCAGUGGACAGCAGGGGGGUGGGACGCGGGACGGGGGUGGCCUGGCACCGCCGCCCGGCAGCUGUAGCCCCAGCCUCAGCCCCAGUUCCAACAGAAGCAGCCCGGCCACUCACUCUCCGUGACCACCGCGUGCUGUGGACGCUGCCCGCGCCCCGGCUUCUCUCUGCCUUUCAACCAACCUCGUGGCUCCCGGCCCGCCCGGCGGGUGUCUGCCUCCGUCCUGGGGGUCUGCAUGGAGGAGGUGGCGGGGGCUGAACACCCGGUCAGCUGCGGCCGGCACAGACAUCUGGGCCAGGCUGUGAACUGCGUGAGGACCCCCGAGUCCCCGGGCCUCAGGAUGGAGCCGGGGGGCCUCGUUCAUCAAGACACCCCACUGUCCAUCUCGCCUCAUCUUCAUCACCAGCAAAUGCCAGGACCUGGCUCCCCUGUUCUCAGAACUCGCAAGCCAUUGCCCCCCUGCCCCCGUUUGGAGCCCCCUGCCUUGGUUGGUGACAGAGGGGUGGGCCAGGGGCGGGGGGUUCCCCUGUACAUAGCCUGCCACACCAACCCCAGGUAUUAAUUCUCGCUGGUUUUGUUUUUAUUUUAAUUUUUUUUGUUUUGAUUUUUUUAAAUAAGAAUUUUCAUUUUAAGCACAUUUAUACUGAAGGAAUCUGUGCUGUGUCUGGGGGGGGAGCUGGGCCUGGAGCUGGUGGGUCCCUGGGAGGGGGCCCGCCCCGCUCCCCACUUCCCUGUGCCCCCAGCCCUCCCUCCCCAGCCCUGUCCUCCCUCGCGUUUCUCUUUAAAACUGUGAAGUACUAACUUUCUGAGGCCUGCGCCCUUCUGCCCCGUCACGGGGUGUGGAUGGUUUCAGGCAGCCCCAGAAGGAGGGGGCCCCAGGAGACCAGGACAGGAACAAAGCGGGGUGGGGGCCCUUCCCAGCCUAGAGGCUGUUUCUCAGCACCCCCCACACCCCGCCUCCGUCCUUGGCACUGUUGCAUCCCCAAGGGGCCUAUGUCAUCUCUGCCCUCCCGCCCCCAAUGUGUGUGCAGGGGCUGUCCAUAGAAUCCUCUGCCCUCACCCCAGCCUCAGCCACCAGCACAGACCACACACACACAUACACACACACGUACACGUACACGUGCGCGCAUACUCAUGCAUGCACACAUACACGUGUAUACACUCAUGCAACAUGCACUCUUGCACACGUGCAUGCACACAUGCGCAUGUGCAUACACACGCACACACACAUGCACACACACACACACACUCAUGCACACACUUGGCCUGAGUUCCAUUUCCCUGGCCUGCCCCCCAUCUCCACCAGCACCCCCUCCUUGCCCCGCAGGACGGGCCUAUAGGGGGUCUCCUCCCCUCUCUCCGCACCCCCGGGUGGGGGAGCUGCUCUGCCCUCUGUGCCCUGGGGUUGGGGUCUCGUCUCCCCAGAGCCCAUGGGUGCGCCUGUUACGGUUGGAAAUCCCCCACCUCCCCGAGACCUACUGGAUGAGAAUAAAGUUCUAUUUAUUC